AUGACUGUUACAAAAAAGAAAAACAGCAUCAAACUUCUGUGCGGAAACUCUCAUCCAGACUUAGGUGAGCAGAUAGCGAGGAGGUUAGGGAUUGAAGUUAGCAAUGUCAAGGCAUAUCAAUACUCCAAUAUGGAAACAGCUGUUAGCAUUGGCGAAUCACUCAGAGACGAGGAUGUAUACAUCCUUCAAAGUGGAUGCGGAGAAACUGCAAUAAAUGAUUUCCUAAUGGAAUUAUUGAUCAUGAUCCAUGCGUGCAAGAGUGCCUCUGCUCGACGGAUUACUGCUGUAAUUCCUAGUUUUCCUUAUGCUCGUCAAGAUAGGAAAGAUAAGAGCCGUGCUCCAAUAACUGCAAAACUGAUAGCUAACCUUCUCACCACUGCUGGCUGCAACCACGUAAUCACGAUGGAUCUGCAUGCUUCGCAGAUUCAGGGGUUCUUCAAUAUUCCAGUAGAUAAUCUUUAUGCUGAACCCAGUGUCCUUCGUUAUAUUCGAGAAAGAAUAAUUGAUUGGAAAGAAGCUAUCAUCGUAAGUCCUGAUGCCGGAGGAGCUAAAAGAGCCGCUGCGUUAGCGGAUGAAUUAGAUCUCAACUUCGCGUUGAUACACAAAGAACGAGCAAGGGCUAAUGAAGUAUCUCGUAUGGUUUUGGUUGGAGACGUUACAGAUAAAGUUUGUAUUCUCGUUGAUGACAUAGCUGAUACUUGUAGUACAUUGGUGAAGGCCGCGGACACAUUGUUGAAUAGCGGAGCUCGCCGCGUGGUAUCAAUAGUGACACAUGGUAUCCUCAGCGACAGCGCUAUUGAGAGAAUAAACUCCGGAAUUUCUUUAGAUUCUCUAGCUUGUACUAACUCCAUGCCGCAGGUCUCCAACAGGAGGCAAAGCAGCAAGAUUGAUGUCAUUGAUAUUAGUGGCACUCUAGCCGAAGCCAUUCGAAGGCUCCACAAUGGUGAAAGCGUUAGCUAUUUGUUCAAGAAUGCGCCUUUAUAA